CUUUUUAAUAUUGUUUUCUUUAAGUAAGGUAACAGAAGUCAAAUCCACACAUAUUGGGGCACGUGCAUCAGAUGAGUCAAUAUUGAGAAGAAUUAAUCGGUUGAAUAUGUCGAAGGAAGGACACCAAAUUUGUGCCUGAGAGAGUACAGCCACCAUACGGAUCUAAAUCGAUAUGCAGAUCCUUUGAAAGUAUAGAAUGCAACCAAGCAAAACAAUACCCAACUAUGAUUGACUGAGUCUGUUCACGAGUGAGAGCAAUCAUUUGGAUGAACAGCAGAACGAAAUGACCGCACUAAAGUCGCAGUACAAGAAACUGAAAAAUGAAGUAAAAGAGGGCGAUGAAACUAUCGCGAAGUUAAGUAAUGACAUUGUUUAUAUAAAGGGCAGACUCAGUUUGAUAGAAAAUGUAUUGUUACCGAAAGAAACAGACGAUUCGAAAAUCCGUACUGCUGCAGUAACGUACAACAAUGGAACGGUACACAACAGAGAAUCAGCAGAUUGUUGUGGACAAACAGAUCCAGCUGACUCUUUGACUGAAACUUUCGAAAAGCGCUUGAAAGGUCACCAAUCACAUGCAGAAUAUGGAACUAUACUUAAUAUGGAAGAUUUAGAUUUAGAAGACUAUGUCCCAAGAGGUGCAACAGGAGGAUCUGAUGAUCAUAGAGACAAGAAACUGGAUUAUCACAGCGGUGAUACAAUUAGCAAGAAAUCACUGCAACUAAAAGCGAGUGUGGUGAAACAAGAUGUACAGCUAGUGUACGAUGGAGAGAGGCACUGGCGGUUUGUUUCACAAAUGGAACGGUAUCGAAAUCGUGAACUAUUUCAAGACCUUGAGGAUAUUCAUGUUAUUAUUUGCUUGGACAUAUCAGAAAGUAUGGCUCAGUCUAACGGUUGGACAGAAGCACAUACUUUCCUGACUGACUAUCUAACAGGUCUAGAAAAUAUGUCCAAAUCUAACGAUUUGAAAACCGAGCACGUUGCUUUUAUAACAUUCGGACACGAAACGAAGAUUCAAAGGGGAUAUACAAAUAGUUACAUGGAAGUUCGGGAGCAACUUGAUGAAUUGAAACUUGGUGGACCAACGCAGAUGUAUGGUGGAAUUUUGUUGGCUGACGCUGUGGCAUUUUGUACCAGAUUUCACAUCGUAGGCCUGAAUAAUGGUGCCCAAAUCCUUACCAAGAUAAUCAUAAUAUCAGAUGGCAGACCAACAGAAUCAGAUUUAAUUGCUGGUCCAGAUAUUCAAGAUACCAGAAAAGUAGACGAGACAAAAGCAAAGAUAUUACAAGAAAUGGAAGAUUUUCGAAGGACUCAUAGAGAUGUAUUUUUUGUUCCGGUUGGCAAUUCUGAUCUGGACUUUUUCGAUACGAUGGCCGCUUGUUCAAAUGGAAUGCUCCUAGACUAUAGAUACGGAAAGCGGUUUUCAAGAAGACAGUACUUGACAAAACAGUUAUUGGAUCCAUUUGGGAUGAUGACUCACGUUUUGACACGUGGUUUAGAUUAUGGUCUUUCUAAUGAAGACAAGGAGGACAUGAGAAACAUUCAAGAAAGAGGAAAACGUCAUUUUGACGAACAAGCAGCAACUCCGGAUGAAAGAAACAUGUACGGUGAAAUUAAAAGUAAACAAUUGCCAUCAGUUGGAAGCCGUGUUCGGCGAGGCCCUGAUUGGCAUUAUCAAAAUCAAGACAAAAAUGGUCCUGGAACGCUGAUAGGUCAAUGUGAGAAUGAUCAACAGGUUUGGGUUGAGUGGGAUACAGACGCUCAACAAAACGUGUAUCAUUAUGGAUCAGGAGGAUACGAUAUACUUGUUGUUGAUGAACCGAGGAAGUUGAAACCAGGAGAAAACAUUGCUGUGGGAUGUAAAGUGAAACCAGGUAAGGCCUGGAAAAGUUCUGAGGGGCAAAUGAAUCACGGAACUGUUAUUAAAAUGGACAAACGAAAUAAAACAGCAAUGGUUCGAUGGAAUAAUGGUAAAAGAGGAGAGUACUCUUACGACGAUGAUAAAUUAGAAGUGAUAGAAAUAGAACGGAACCUUCAAUACAGUGGUGACAGCCAUGAUUCAGCACAUUCAAAUGUUGCUCCAAACAAUGAAUGGAAACCUCAGCAAACACCGACAAUCGAAGAAUUUGCAGCAAAACAGACAAAGAAUAAAAAUAAAAACAUUCGCUGAUAAUGAAAAUAUAGUGCAGUUUUUGUUUUGAAUUCGUAAUAACAUUAAACUAAGUACUUAAAGGUGUGUUUACGUUUGAUCAAAAGAAACUGAUUAUUUGCAAAGAUAUUAGUAUUCGAUGUAAUGAAUGCUUUGAAGAGAUUUAUUGGUGUCAAUAACAUCUGUUAUACAAUGUGCAUCAUUAUGCUCCCCGAAGGGGAAGCAUAUACCAUCGCUUCGUCCGUCCGUCGGUCUCUCCGUCCUGCUUUUCUUGUCCGAAAGUAUUUCUCAGCAACCACUGGUUGGAAUUUAGCUAAACUUCACAGGGGGCUUCACUAUGAAGAGAAGAUGCGCAUAUUGUCUUCGUGUUUUGGUCGGAUGAUUUUUUACCCAGUAAUUGCCCUUUGAUUAUUCAAAAAUAGUAUACUAUAGUACAGUUCUUGUCCGGAGUAUUUCUCAGUAACCACUGUUUGAAAUUUAGGCAUAUUUCAUAAGAAACUUUACUAUUAAAAGGAUAUGCGCAUAUUGUCUUCAUGUUCCGAUUGGAUGAUUUUUCACCUUUUGAUUAUUCAGCAAUAGUAUACUUUAGUACAAUUCUUGUCCGGAGUAUUUCUCAGCAACCACUGUUUGAAAUUUAGUGAAACUUCAUAGAAAGCUUCACAAUCAAAAGAAAACGCGCAUAUUAUCUUCAUGUUCUGGUCGGAUGAUUUUGCACCCAGUUAUUGCCCUUUGAUUAUUCAAUAAUAAUAUACAAUUCUUGUCAGGAAUAUUUCUUAAUUAUUCAAUAAUAAUAUACAAUUCUUGUCAGGAGUAUUUCUUAAUUAUUCAGUAAUAAUAUACAAUUCUUGUCAAGAGUAUUUCUUAAUUAUUCAAUAAUAAUAUACAAUUCUUGUCAGGAGUAUUUCUCAGCCAUAUUUCAUAGGAAGCUUUACUAUCAAAAGCAGAUACGCAUAUUAUAUUCAUGUUUCGGUCCGAUGAGUUAUUGCCCUUUGGUUAUUCAACAAUAGUAUACAAUGGUAAAAUUCUUGUCCGGAGUAUUUCUCAGCAAUCACUGGUUAGAAUUUAGUGAAACUUCAUAGAAAGCUUUACUAUCAAGAGGAGAUGCGCAUAUUGUCUUCGUGUUCUUGUCGGGUGAUUUUGCACCCAGUUAUAGCCCUUUAAUUAUUCAAUAACAGUAUACUGUAGUACAAUUCUGGUCCGGAGUAUUUCUAAGCAAUCACUGUUUGGAAUUUAGCCAGAUGUCAUAGGAAGCUUCACUCUUAAGAGGAGAUGCGAAUAUUAUCUUCGUGUUCCAGUUGGAGAUUUUUCAACCAGUUAUUGCCCCUUGAUUAUUCAACAAUAGUAAACUAUAGUAAAAUUCUUGUCCGGAAUAUUUCUCAGUAAAUACCGGUUGGAAUUUAGCACUACUUCAUAAUAAGGUUUAUCAUCAAGAGGAAAUGGACAUAUUGUCUCCAUAUUCCAGUCGGAUGAUUUCCUACCGAGUUUUUUUCUAUUGAUCAUCCAACAGUAGUAUAUUAUAGUACAAUUCUUGUCUGGAGUAGUUCUCAGCAACCACUGGUUGGAAUUCAGCCAUGCUUCAUAGGAAGCUUUACUUGAUAGUAUCAAAUGAAGAUUGGCAUAUUAUCUUCGUGUUGUGGUUGGAUGAUUUUCCACUGAUUUAUUGCCCUUUGAUUAUUUAACAACGGUAAGCUAUAGUGCCAUCAUAGUUCAGAAUAUUUUCAUCAACCACAGCCUGGAAUUCAGCAAACAUUCAUUGGACGCAAGGUGCGCGUAUUUUCCUAAAUAUCCGUUGGAAUAAGUUUUCAGUGAGAUAUUGCUUUGGUCAGUCAACAUCAGUAAACUAUAUGUGCUCAGUCAGUAGAUUCAACUUUUGUUCUUUCAAUAUGCACAUUUCGAGCAUCCAUUGGUUUUACCGAUAUUUCUUGUUUUAUUUGCGUUACGCUGUUGUGGCUGUGCUGAAAAUGUAAUUGGUUGAUUGAUCGCAUUUGGUGUUGCUAGGCGUUGUUUCGUGUUUGUGUGUGUUCGAAUACUGAAUCCGGUUAAAAUAUUGAUUAGCAGAUAUAAAGCAGCAAUUGAAUAUUACUGAUUAUAUUCUCUUUGUAAGAAGUUGAUGUAUAGAGAAUAUUUGUUCUGAGAAGUGAGAAAAUGUAAAAUAUUUUCAUGAGCGCGUAGCGCGAGUGAAAAUUUUCUCACUUUGAGGUGAGAUAUUCUAUAUUCACGAAACACAAAUUUUCGUUUUAUUUUAUGCUUAAUUUCGUUGAGAUAUGCAUUUUGCAACACUUUUUAAUCUCAGCGCGGGAAACAGAUGCGCGUAAACGAACAUGACGUCAGACGUGUUGUGACGUUAGAAAGACGCACACGACAUAAUAUUUCAUUUCAUUUUAAUUCUUGAUGCAUAACGUUGUGAAAUUCUCAUUAAGUGAAAUAAUUUGAAUCGAGAAAUAUAUUAUAAUGAACAAAGUGCGACUACAAUUUUCAUCCUGUUUUAAUCGGCAAAGCUAUAUCAUUUACAGUGAGUGAUAUGCAGUGAGUGAUAUGGAUUAUAUCUCACUGAUAAAACACAUUAUUCUAUACCUAUUUUAUCUAUCCAAUUGCGAACGUUCAUUUGCAACACGUGACCGUACACUAUAUUACGGUAUUUGGAUGCACGUGCGUACAAAAAUCCUGUAUUUUCUGCAUUUGGACGCACGCGCGUACAAAAAAUCCUGUAUUUUCUGUAUUUGGACGGUUCCACAGUCCCAUGUUAAACAUAUGAUAAAGCCAGAAACGCGUGAAAAUGUUCCGAAUGUAAAUCGGAUGAAGUAGGCGCUCUGUGUACAGAGUUUGAUUAUGUGUCUUGAAAUCUGGAUUUAAUUUUAGUUUUUUUUUUUUUUUUGUUUUUUUUUUACAACACACAAAAACGAUUCAAGGGAUAACAACGCUAUCUGAUUUAGAUAUUAAAACGUUCAUUAAUAAAUACAGUAAAAAGGAUCAUCAGAUGUUGGAAUAUUUGAAACGUCGCUAAAAGAAGCCGUUCCGGACGAACCUAGAAAUUGGUGUCUGAAUAGCUACCUAAGCAUUUUUGUUUAACGGUUAGAAACAAAAUGGAGAAGACUAUGAAUGGCAGCGGACGGGCUGUCAGCAUCCAAAACAUGUCUGCUCUAUAAUUCAGUUUUCGUCGGCUCUUCACCAAACUUGCUGAGAAUGUUUUUGGGCAUUACAUCUCGGCCAGUUUCGAUAACCAGCCAAAUUGUACCAGGCACUCUUUGAUUAUAGUCCUUGAAUUACUCGAAAAACGGGGAAUUUAGCUUUGUUCGCUCUUUCAAGUCUAACAGUUUUCAUCCGAUCUUCACCAAACUUGCUGACAAUGUUUGUGGGCAUAAUAUCUGAGCCAAGUAUUAUUACCACCCAAAUUACCACCCAAAUCGUAGUGUCGUAGGAAGGUUGCACCAUAUACUCUUUUUAAUGAUGAUACGCAGAAAAAACAACAUUCAAUGAAUUACGUAUAUUACGUAUGAAGUGAAAUAAAUAUAGAAUAAAAAGGUUAUUUAAGGUCUAACAUUGUUCUGUAUAAUAAUUAUAUAUUUGCACUCAUACCAAGCCGGGAAAAAAAGACAGGAAUACAAUAUUCAGUAAAACAUUUUUAAUUUAAAUUAUUAUUAUAGUAAGAUAAAAUAGA